CUGGCCGGGGGAUGAGCAUAUAAAAAACCGAAUCCCUAAUCCCAAUCUUGGGCGAGCCGAUUUGUCUCCCACAGACGAAACCAUGUCUCUCGCGAUCCCAGCCCAGCCGCCCAACCUCAACCUCAUAGAUCAGGACGACAAGAUCCGCACUCAUGGUACCGGCUCAAAAGCCUCGAAGCUUGCUGGAAUGUCUUUGACUCAACAAUUUGACGACUUGUUACUGGAUCUGCCUCUCCCUCAUGAACAAGAGGAAGAAUCAGCAAAGGAAGAGGAAGAAGAAGAAGAAGAAGAAGAAGAAGAAGAAGAGGAUGAAGAAGGAGAACAAGAGGAUGAAGACGAGGAAGAAGAAUUUGACAUUUGUGAUGUUUGCUUGAAGGACAAGGAACACUGUACAUUUGAUUGCCCGUACCUGGAUUGCAUCCUGAACCCAAAGACAACAACUGUUGGCAGUGGCUAUGCAAUAGUUUGUAGAGGAUGCUAUGCGUUGGGUGGCCAUUCUGAAAGGGACUGGGUAGGACGUGCCGUUAUGAAGUCUUGUUGUAUUUGUGAGGUACCAGCUUCUCACUGGAGUUACGAAUGCCCAAAGAACCCUGACCCUAGAAGGUAUGACAAUUCGAAUAACCAUAAGGUGUUGAAGCAAGAGGUCUAUAGUGUCGCAUGAGUACUCCUUUUCAUUGGCCAGCUCUACGAUAAACUAUGUUAUCCCUUGCUUAAGAAUUUUAUCCGGUGUUUCAGAACACAGUACUAUUGUGUCCCUUGUUAUGAAAACGCCUAUCUAGGCAUUGUUAUUGUACCAGAUUGUUAUUUGCGUCUUGCCAACUGUAUUCUGACUAUUCUCUUCUACUGCUGCUUUUAUUGGGGAGAUUUUCUCUCUCUCUCUC